AAAGUUGUUUGUCUUUCUCUUCCCAACCAAAUCGAACACCACCGGACAACUCACCCGGGAUGGAGCGUACCUGUAGUUCGGGCUCUUUUCUUCAUUGUGAUGAGCUACAGAAAACCACACAUCUUCCCCAUACGCACCGUCUUAGUCUCCGGGGUCAGGGUGACUUCUACAGCUCGAGCUCCAUGGGACGUUUUCACGAAGGCGCAUCCGUGGACUUUACGCACGGCGCAGCGUCCACGAACCCUCGCUCCUCACCAAACAAACAUAGCAAAUACAUGGAAAAUAUGAAUCAGAACCAAAAGGGGUCAUCAAUAAGCGGGAAGGGCUCGUUUUAUGAAAACAACUCGGAGGCCAGAGAGAAGGCGGGUCCCAAACCCAUGGGCUACCCUGUAAUUGGCUCUGACUGUUGCAUCAAGCUGAAGGAGCAGACCAAUGGCCUCCAACCGGGAGACUCAAUCGCAGACUCCAUUGACCUAUCAGGCAAGAACAAGAAACGUCGUAACCGUACUACCUUCAGUACUUUCCAGUUGGAGGAGCUGGAGAAGGUAUUCCAGAAGACACACUACCCAGAUGUGUAUGCCCGCGAGCAGCUGGCCCUCCGGACGGAACUCACAGAGGCUCGAGUACAGGUGUGGUUCCAGAACCGACGGGCCAAGUGGAGGAAGAGGGAGCGUUACGGGAAGAUCCAGGAGGUGCGAAACCACUUUGCUGCUACAUACGAUAUCUCCACUUACCAGAUGCAGAGCAACCUGUGGCCAGGCGUGGGGUCUGGAGGUGGUGGGGUGUCCGGCAGCGGCUGUGUCCUCGGCCCAGACACCAUGUCCACCUCCUGCAUGAGCCCCUACCCCCACAGCAACCUUUCCUCCGUGGGCUUCAUGGGCAUGCCUCCGUCCCCUAGCCAUCCCCACCACCCGCACCACCCGGGCAUCAACGGCCUCUACUCCCUCCACGGCUUCCCCGGGGCCCUCGGAGGCCACGCCUUUGAGGCAGGGCCUGAGACGGAGUACAAGCCGUCCAGCCUGGUGGCCCUGCGGAUGAAGGCCAAGGAUCCCGGCAGUCUGUUGUCCUGGCCGACAUGACCACCACGGGGUGCCACGGUCCCGUCCCCGCCAUGCACUGACUGAGCCAAUGUGCACGCGCAAACACACACACGCACACACACACACACACACGCACACACACAUUAUUGUAUCCUAGCAACCCCGCCCCUCCAGCACAGUUACUGUCUCAUGCGUUUGCGUUCCAUUGAGUUGACUUUACAGCGGAGGUCAAUGUUCUCUUUUGUACAGUCCCCCACGUACAGGGGAUAUAAAAAGUCUACACACCCCUCUUGUGAUAUAAAAGAAUGAGACAAAGAUAAAUCAUGUCAGAA